CCAAAACUUCCAAACAAAACACCACCACAGCACAGCCCAUUCCAAAAACUUGAAUAAAACUCCAAAACCUCCCUCACCCACCCUCGUCUAUUCACACACUCUUUCCCUUUCUCUUUCUCUCUCCCAUCAUGGAGAGCUCACCGGCCAUCCUAAACAAACCACCCCCGCCCUUCCCGGCGCCACCGCGCAGCGUCGACUUCUCCGCCCUCGAGUUCAUCCUCGGCCUCCUCGCCGUCAUCACCGUCCCCGCCUUAAUCUACGCUGUCUUCUUCACCAUCAAGUGUCCUCCCAACCUUUUCCGCCAUCGACCCCGCCGGAGCUCCACCACCUCCCCCGCCGACCCGGCCCAUGCCCGGCCCGAGGUGAUUUCCGACCUCAAAUACCAGAAGGACGCCCACGUCAAGGAAAUCGGGACCGAGUGCCCGGUUUGCUUAUCGGUCUUUGCCGACGGCGAAGAAGUGAGGCAGCUCAGUGUGUGCAAGCACUCGUUUCAUGGCACGUGCAUUAACAUGUGGCUCAAGGAUCACUCGAAUUGCCCGAUAUGCCGCGCGAACAUCGCCGUCGAUCGGAGUAGUAGUAACAGCAGAACGGCGGCGUCCGGUAGAGAAUAUCGGGAUGAUCUGCAACAAGGUUUGCCCGAUGCUUCCGCCAUGGUUUGACACUUAAAACCUAAAUUAUUUUGUUCUUUUGUUCUCGUCUUCUUUUGCUUUUGCUUUUGUUGGGUUUGGAGGAUGAAGAUGAUGGCAACAUGUGAAGAAGCUGGAAAUAUUUGUUUUUUUUUCUUUUUUAACUUUGUAGUUUCAGAAACUUACGGACAGAGUUGUAGCUGGUGAAUGUGAUUAGUUUUUACAUGAAGGAGAACUGGUUUUGAGAAA